AUGGGCGAGUUGGCCGCAGGCUAUGUGGACUGCGGCACCUGCCUCUGCGUAGCGCAAGAGACAUGUAUCUUGUGCCCGGGAGCAUGGACCAACCCAACCGACGAGGGACAGAUCGUCUCCAAGCCUUCGUCGGUGCCAUACUGCCCAGCAAGCUAUGUGGUGGAUUGCGGCACCUGCCUUUGCGUCCCGCAGUCCUCGUGUCAGUACUGCCCCGGCGCUUGGUCCGGUGGCUCCGGUGGGUCCAGCACCCCGCGGCCCACCCCGGAGAUCGUGGCGCGACCCUCCACGGUGCCCUUGGCCGAAGUUGUUCGAAAUGUGCCGUACUGCCCUGCCAGUUACGUUGACUGUGGCACGAGCUUAUUCCUCCACGCCAGUGCAUCCUGGCCCUGCCUUGCCUGCUCCUCCGCGACCAUCGCUUGGACACAUCAACAGCAGACCAUCGGUGGUAAUCGGUUGCCCUGCAAGCUAUGUCGAUUGCGGCACCUGCCUGUGUGUGCCCCUCACGUCUUGCCAAUGGUGCCCAGCCAGCUAUGUGGACUGCGGCACCUGUCUGUGCGUUCCUCAAACCACCUGCCGAUGGUGUCCUGCCCAACCCCAGUGCCCGCACCCAGUCCCAUCCAAAGCCGACCAUCUACGGUGCCGGGAUGCCCGGCGAGCUACAAGGACUGCGGCACAUGGUCCACCAUGCCAAUCCCGGCACCAACACCAGUCCCCACGGGACCCAUCCAGAGCCGACCCUCGAGAAUUCCAGGGCCACCUGUCAGUAUUGCCCUGGUGCCCGUGGCCCACGUCGCCUGGAAAACGAGCACGGCUUUGAAGGAAGCACAAGAAAGGAGCACCAAAGUGAUCAUGUGUUUUGAUGUGAAGCCACGGCUUCCAAAGACUCACAAAGAGUGUACAGAUGCACUUAUUCUUAUGUUAUUUGUGGCUUGGGUCCGCACAGAUCAGGAUCACUGCGAGAGGCCAUUGAUGGAAGAACUCAAAGGGGUCAAGCUGCGGCCAACCGAAACCAAGUUGAGGCAACGUGAUGGUCAAGUACUGAAGGAGAAGCGGUCAGCCGAUGGCAUUGAGCAAGAGGUGGUGGGUCAAGAAGCGCCGCCGCAGUACAUGCAAGACCAGGCCCUGGGCCUUUCGCGCCUCGCGGGGAAAGUCUUCGAUGGACAGCGCUGGGUGGCAUAUGAGGUCUCAGACGCGGCCGCUGCGCUGAACGGCGCCACGGCGCUGCUGAGAGUAUUGACCUACAACGUGUGGUUCAGCGACUUCCGACAAAAAGAACGGGCAAAGGCGCUCUUCGCCAUCUUGGAGGAUGCGGAUGCGGACAUCAUCUGCUUGCAAGAGGUGACGCCCUGCUUUCUGACCUGGCUACGGCAGGAGCCCUUCGUUCAAGAGGGCUACGUGCUGUCCGAUGUGCUCGGCACCACUUUACAAGGUUCGGAGUUGGCCUAUGGCGUGCUGCUGCUGCUGAAGCGCACCCUGCACGCCACUGAGCUCCAGUUGUGGCAGCUUCCCUCACGCAUGUGCAGGUCACUGUUGGUGGCAAAGCUUCCCAUGGAGGAUGUGGAACUGUUGGUGGCAACAGUGCAUUUAGAGUCGAAUUGUCAAGAUCUUCGCCGGGAACAACUGAGGCAGAUCCUUCGAUAUUUGGAUGCUCCCACAAGCCAUGUGAUCUUGGCCGGGGAUAUGAACUUUGGCGACUUCGCUGUGGAGGAAGUGGAGCUGCGUCAGGCAGACUACCACGACUGCACAGCUUCUUCGGGACAUACCAUGCCUCGCAACGAUUUCGACGGCAAAGCGUGCCGCUUGGACCGGAUCUACACCCAUGAGAGUGCUGGAGCUGUCUGGCGCCUGGUUCCCUCUGCUCCGCGCUUAUUGGGCACGGAGCCAUUGGACGAAGGUGGAGCUGAAGGUCUGGCAGGCAACAACCAUGGUUGCUUUGAAGAUCCAGGGGAUGCACUAGCAGGCGGCGACAGCGACACGGAUCCGGAAAUGCCUCCCUUGAUUCCCGUGGCCUUCGGAGAAAUACCAUUGCCCAUGAGUCGUUGCCCUUCAGACCAUUACGGCGUCCUUUGCGAUUUCGAAAUAGUGAGACGAAAGGUCACGCAACGUGCUUUGCCCAUGCUUAGCGUGCAAAAAGAUGCCCGCAAGUACAGCCUGCAGACCAGUGAAUAUUCUCCAGGUAACAUCCAUGAAGCCCAUGAGGCUUUGAGAAGGCCCAAGGCGGAACCGGUCACACUCUUCCGCUACCAGGAUUGGUUUGACUGGAUGGUCUUUGCCGUGAUCUUCGUCGUUCUGGUCUGCGUCGAUAAUUUGCUCCUCUUCGGGAAGUAUGGUGGCAACAUGAGUUUCAAGAAGGCAUUGAGCUACAGUUUCUUCUGGCUGAUGUGCGCCGGCGCCUUUAACGGCUACGUCUAUUGGUCCCGUGGGAAGGAAGCAGCCUUCGAUUGGGGUAUGCCCAGCCAGUUACGCCAUAUUUUGGGGGUCAAUUUUGUAGGAUCAAUUUUGGCGCAUACCCUGGGAGAGAAACGUCAGAUCCACUGAGUGGGAGAAGGAGAAUGAGGAGGGAUGAGCGAUCAAAAUGUGUAUGAGGCUUUUGCGGUGCAACAAGGGACCGCAACAAAAGG